AUGUGUCGUCUUCGGACAAGCCUUAGAGCAGAGGCCCAGGGCUGCGUACCCAGAGGGCGGUUCGCGGGUGACGGAUUAAUACUUCCACCGAAGGGCCGCUCAGCUGACCAUGAGAAGGGACAGUCUGAUCACCAACACUGCCCUGGAGUUUUCCAUCUUUUCCAUCCCUUAUUUUGCGGUAGCGAUGAAUGGAAGCAGAGGAACGGGAGAAGCAGGCAGAAGAACGAGAGGGACAAUAGAGGGAACGCAACCGACCGACGACUUUCCCCGGGUUCAUCCAACAUUGCCACGAUCUCCUUUGGAGGCCACUCCGAGCCCAAACACCGUCUCGCUCCACGACAGGCAAAAUUUCCGCUCCUAUCGGGAAACGAUGUCCCAUACGGCUGCUUCCGUGGACUGACUACCACGGCCGACGAUUUGCACGCCGGCAACCGCUUUAUACGAUCAAACGGCGGACGACACACAGGGGAACUGGGUCAGAUGUUGUCCUGCAUGCCUCAGCCCAGUAUCUACGGUAUGAGGAGAAGGCCAUCAGAGGCGAAGAGCCGCACCGUCUCCGCCCAGAGGCCCGGAGGGGCGAUUUCCAAUGGGAUUUUACCAUCGUGCGUCAGGGCGUAUCUGUCCGGCCCAGCCCUCAACAACUCUCCAACGGUUUCCCACGAUUCUCGUCCAAUCAAUCAGUCUGUCCAAAACCGUGUGGCCCAGAUGGUCUUGGCUGUGGAUAUCCGCCCCGUUCGCAAUGAGCAGCGAGCACGGUUCCCUCGCCUCAUAUCCAGUUACAUUUCUGGACAACAUGGUGCAGAGGUGCUCGCCCCUGGCUAUCCCGCAGAAAGCGGUGUGAACACUGCCACGUUCUGGGUGUUGAAAUUCGCACCCAGCGAUAGAAGAGUCUGGGCGGAUCCUACUCCGUCCCGUUACUCGAUCCCGCCGAUGUUACCCCCUUGCCGGAUGACGCUGAAGAUCGCAUACCAGGACCGCCGCUCGGUGACGCCGCAGCCAAGUGAAGUACGGUAUUGCCCUCGGCGUCUCUCCCAUGACGUUGGCCCCGAUGUCAAGGGGUGUCUGAGCUCAUUGACGGCACCAUGGCUGAUAAGCGUCCGAAUAAUGGCCCGUGUUGUCUUUCCUGCGGCUUUGUGGGCUUCGCGGCUUUGUCGCAGCAAAGAAAAGCGUAGUCAAUCGCCUUGCGUAGCGCCUACUCACUCCAGACUCACUCCCCCGUUCUGCGUACCAUGCAAGAGCGGAGCUCCCAGUUCAUUAAACACUUUCCUAAUACAGAUGAAUGUUGAGGAUGCGAAAAAGUGGUUUGGGGGCUCUAGGAAAGUUGAAAAGGUCCUGUAUCGUGAUCUUCCUAAGUCUGUGGCCAUUUAUUCCAUCAUAUCAUGGCGCAAAGGGUCCGCUCUCACCUCAUUCCCACGGCAUUGUCCAUCAAGCACCAAAGUCACGUCUAAGAUGAGCUGGGAUGAGUCUAUGAACUCCUCGCAAUUACCUCUCGCUGACCUAGACCAACUGCCGCGUCAUACCUGA